AUGGAUUUGCUUGUCGUACUAGUUGUCCUCUUCGUACAUUUGCUCCAGGUAGCUGGUAGUGCAAUCCAAGCCAGGCAAAUCCCAGGACUACUUCUGAACAUUCACAUCAGUAACAUCACUGCCCACUUCACCGGAGCAUCUUUGUUGAACAAUCAAUUGAGCCGCGUUGAUUUCAAUAUCUCGCCAAUAGUACCCGGGCUAUCUAUACUCACGUCGGUUGCCAUCAAAAGCGUUACUUUGACGGCUGUUAGCGGCACUACAACAAUGUUCAAGGUAGAAAAAACCUUUGACCCCGCGGCUGAAGUGCCCCUCAAUGGCAGCAUCAACUCGGGGAUAAUGACCAACGUACCCCUCACUCAAGGUUCUGCGGCGACCUUGAGUGCUGUCAAUAGUGGUACCCUCACUGCCAACGGGCAAUUUGACACACUCGUAACGAUCAUUACGCAGCCACUCACUCUGCCGUUGCCUCUGACUACAGUAGACGUGCUCGUACCGACCGCGUGGUCUAUCAGUUUCUUCUAA